AUGCAGGCUCUAAUCUUUGGAUGUUUUACAGGGAGGAACGUAGUGCUGGAUGAGUAUGGCAACCCCAAAGUGGUGAAUGAUGGUGUUACCAUUGCCCGUGCUAUUGAGCUAGCUAACCCAAUGGAAAAUGCCGGUGCAGCUCUGAUUCGUGAGGUUGCUAGCAAGACCAAUGAUUCUGCUGGUGAUGGGACUACAACCGCUUGUGUUCUUGCCCGGGAAAUCAUCAAGCUGGGUAUUUUGAGUGUAACUUCUGGUGCAAACCCUGUAUCGCUUAAGAAAGGAAUAGACAAAACUGUCCAGGGUUUGAUUGAAGAGCUUGAAAGGAAAGCUAGACCAGUCAAGGGCAGUGGUGACAUCAAAGCUGUUGCCUCUAUCUCUGCUGGUAACGAUGAACUAAUUGGAGCCAUGAUUGCGGAUGCAAUUGACAAAGUGGGUCCAGAUGGUGUCCUUUCGAUCGAGUCGUCUUCAUCUUUUGAGACUACUGUUGAUGUUGAAGAAGGAAUGGAGAUUGACCGAGGCUACAUUUCCCCUCAAUUUGUGACAAACCUUGAGAAAUCAAUUGUGGAGUUUGAGAACGCCAGAGUUCUUAUAACUGAUCAGAAGAUCACAAGCAUAAAGGAAAUCAUUCCACUUCUGGAGCAGACUACACAGUUGAGAUGCCCGCUGUUUAUUGUAGCUGAGGACAUCACUGGUGAAGCUUUGGCAACUCUUGUUGUUAACAAGCUCAGAGGUAUUAUUAAUGUUGCGGCGAUCAAAGCCCCAAGUUUCGGUGAGCGGCGGAAGGCUGUCCUUCAGGAUAUUGCCAUCGUGACAGGUGCUGAAUACCUGGCGAAGGAUCUUGGUCUGUUGGUUGAGAAUGCAACAGUAGACCAACUUGGGACAGCAAGGAAAAUCACAAUUCAUCAGACUACGACCACCCUUAUAGCAGAUGCGGCUAGCAAAGACGAGAUCCAGGCGAGGGUUGCACAGCUAAAGAAGGAGCUCUCUGAAACUGAUUCCAUAUAUGAUUCUGAGAAGUUGGCUGAGAGGAUUGCCAAGCUUUCUGGUGGUGUGGCUGUCAUCAAGGUUGGAGCAACAACUGAGACAGAGCUUGAGGACCGUCAGCUUCGGAUCGAGGACGCGAAGAAUGCCACUUUUGCAGCCAUCGAGGAGGGCAUUGUUCCCGGUGGUGGUGCGGCGUAUGUGCACCUGUCUACCUAUGUCCCUGCGAUCAAAGAAACAAUCGAAGACCACGACGAGCGCCUUGGUGCUGACAUCAUUCAGAAGGCAUUGCAAGCACCGGCGUCACUGAUCGCCAACAACGCCGGAGUGGAAGGGGAAGUCGUGAUCGAGAAGAUCAAGGAGAGCGAGUGGGAGAUGGGUUACAACGCGAUGACCGACAAGUACGAGAACCUGAUCGAGUCGGGCGUCAUCGACCCCGCCAAGGUGACGAGAUGCGCGCUCCAGAACGCCGCCUCGGUGUCCGGAAUGGUCCUCACCACGCAGGCGAUCGUCGUCGAGAAGCCCAAGCCCAAGCCCAAGGUCGCCGAGCCAGCGGAGGGGCAGCUCUCCGUCUGA